UAUGCGCCUCCCUUUCAGUGUUUGCGCCUGUGAAAGUUUCACUGUCCUUUCAUGGUUCGGUCCUUUUCUCAUUUAUUUGAGUGUUUUUAUUGAAGUUUGCAAGUUAAUUCUUACCAGAAUUUUAUCCUUUAUGUCAAUUUAGUCCGUUUUCAAAUGGCAGACACCGACAAAUUAAAUAUAGACAAUAUUAUAGCACGUUUACUCGAAGUUCGAGGUGCUCGGCCUGGCAAAAAUGUGCAGCUUUCGGAGGGGGAAAUAAGAGGCCUGUGCUUGAAAUCAAGAGAAAUCUUUCUCUCGCAGCCCACUCUUCUAGAAUUAGAGGCUCCUUUGAAAAUAUGCGGUGAUAUUCAUGGUCAGUACUAUGACCUGUUACGUUUGUUUGAAUAUGGUGGCUUUCCCCCAGAGUCAAAUUAUCUUUUCUUAGGAGACUAUGUUGAUAGAGGCAAACAGUCACUGGAAACCAUCUGUCUACUCCUCGCUUACAAAAUUAAGUAUCCGGAAAAUUUUUUCCUUCUUCGUGGAAAUCACGAGUGUGCCAGCAUCAACCGAAUAUAUGGAUUUUAUGAUGAAUGUAAACGAAGGUAUAAUAUUAAGUUGUGGAAAACCUUCACAGACUGCUUUAAUUGUCUGCCAGUGGCAGCUAUUGUGGAUGAAAAAAUCUUCUGUUGCCACGGUGGUCUUAGUCCUGACAUGCACUCUAUGGAGCAAGUUAGGAGGAUUAUCAGACCUACAGAUGUUCCUGAUCAAGGAUUGCUCUGUGACCUGCUCUGGUCAGAUCCUGACAAGGACACACUAGGUUGGGGUGAGAAUGAUAGAGGAGUGUCAUUCACAUUUGGUGUAGAAGUUGUCAUGAAGUUCCUCAGCAAACAUGAUUUUGAUCUCAUCUGUCGUGCGCAUCAGGUUGUUGAGGAUGGAUACGAAUUCUUUGCGAAGAGGCAAUUAGUAACACUAUUUUCUGCUCCCAACUACUGUGGUGAGUUUGAUAAUGCUGGCGCAAUGAUGUCAGUCGAUGAAACUCUAAUGUGCUCCUUUCAAAUUCUGAAGCCGGCUGAUAAAAGAAAAAUGAACUAUGGUCUGAUAGGUCGACCUGUCACACCUCCGCGGGGUGCCACAAAUAAGAAUAAGAAGAAGUAAACUUGAUAAAGUUUGGGCAAAACUUAUUAUUAAUAGCUCAAAAAUUUGCCAAGUUGUAGUGCAGAAACAUUCCUAAACCAAUGCAAACAUUAAACCAACGCACUGUCCCUGUAAUUUACUUUGAUAUGUACUCCAAAUAAUUUUACUUGAUUAUGUACAACUGCAGGCAGUUGACUGGGAGAAACAGAAUACGGCCGUAUUUUUUAAGUGGUUUGCCCGUCAAGCUGAUCAACCAAGAAUAUGGUUAGAACUCGCAUCAGAGAAGUUGGCAGUUGUUUAAUUUCUGUUUGCGCAACUUUGCUACCCCAAGAGAAAUUGCGAUUGAGCAUCGACUGAGUGCGAUGUUGAUUCUGUGCUGCCAUUUUGCGCCGAUACUGAAUACCAAUACCUUCCUCUGAGGGGAUAUUGCUUAAUUUGUCUAAUAUGUGUGACAGUCAGAAGUAAACAACUGCCAACCUACCUGACGCGAGUUCUAAGGAAGUUACAGCCUCAGCUCAACAUCUCUAAAAUCACUAUGUACGUGUAAGGACAAUCAUAAUCUCUGAUGAAGGGCUCUGAAUUGACUUACAAAGGGUAAACCAAUGGUCACUGUCCGAAAAUUUGGAAACAUGACUAGGUAAUUUUAUAAUACAAGAUUAGGAAAUUUUCCAAAAGAUGUAUUUGAAUAAUUUUAAAACUUAAUUGUACUGCACCUUUUUCUGAAAAAUAAGGCUUUCCAACAGUACUUUUUCAUGACCGCAAACUGCAACUAAACAGUGUGUCACUUUGCAAGUUUAAUUGACCCUACACCCUCAGUGUCAUUAAAAUAGUUCAAAGUUUACCUCAACUACUAAUAAAGUACAGCAUUGGAAUUUUAAAUCCCCUCUCUGUUUUUAUCUUUAGAGUUUUCUCUUAAUUUUUAUUGUUGCUGUAUCCCACCUGGACCACCAUGUGGCUGUAGAGAGGAAGGAAUAGAAGUUUCUUGUUGAAUUUGAAGCUUUUUUUCAUGAGGGCGGAACGAACUUUUGAUAUUUAGAUUAGGUUUUGAAGGUUAUGCUUCAUUUUAAUGCUGAUGAAGCAGGAACUUAAUUUUCUGUAUUUUAAAUUAUGUAAUUUAUUGAAUUUUAAAAUUUAAUUGUUAGCCAAGAAAGUGAUGGGUUAAUUUCCAGUUGUCGGGUUUUUUUACCCUCCUAAUUACAUCUUACUCUUCUCCAAGUGAAUCUUUAUCUACUUUUUGUGUAUUAUGGACCAUACAGGCAUGAAUAGAAAACUUCAGCUUUUGCAAAAUAAAAUGAUUUUGCGGAACAAUUCAGUUUUACUGUAAUUAAGACAUUUCCUCUGUUCAUUCAAAUACGAUCUCCUGAGUGGGAAUAUUUGGGCUCUUUUUUUUCUGUAGAAAAAAUUGAUUGGAAUAUCAGAUUCUGUGAUGAAGAAAAUAACAGAAGGAUACUCUUAAUCAAUUGCUGAAACCUUGAAGACAAAUUUUCAUCCUCAAUUGAACUAAUUUUAUGUCAAACAGGAGAAAAGAUAAUUAAUAUGACAUGAUCGCAUUUAAUAGAAGAAGUUGAACCUGAUUCAUAGUUUUGUAGAAAUUUGUGUUUGCAGCUUGAAAUUUCUCGAUGAAGUGAGAUCUAUGAGAGCAAUCCAACAUCAAUAACAACUUUCCAUACAUCAAUGUCCGAAAAUGAUUGGCUGGUCCCUUCAAACUUAAUGAGAUUUUACCAAAUAUUUGCAAGACUUGAUGGAGUCUUUCAAAAUCCUACAAAAUUCUCAGAAAACAGUGAGAGAACUUAGUCCCAUGCCGCAAAGUAACUCCUGGUAUGUGUACUAAUAUACAUUACUAUUUGUGUUGGUUUUGUGUCAGUCGGUAUUUCUCAAAAAGAAGCCUGAUCUAAUUCGUUUUAAAAAAUAAUAAUUUACAACUGGCUGGACCAGUAUAUGUGAUUGAACUUCACCUGCUGUCAUGAGAUUUUUCAGCUUUUUGUGCCUUGGAUUUCAAUCCACUGAUGGGAAAUUUUGAAAACUAAAUUUAGAAUGUACAAACUGCAACCUUAACUCAAUGGUGCCAUCUUCUAAUUUUCCCUCUACAAAACAAUAGUGGCUAAAGUUUUUAAAAAGUAUUUACGAAGAGGAGUCAAGAGUCCGUCUGAUUGUAGAUUUGGUCUACUUGAUAAACAUUCCACAUUUGCUACGGAUACAUUUUUAUGGACCAAUCUUAUUUUUAUUGGAGGGCGAAGUACACAGGAGAACAAAUACUACAUCUUUUCUUCAGUCUCAGAUACUCAUGAAUGCUUGAUGUGCAUAGUCUGGGAAGACACAAAGUUAUGUCCUCAGAAAAUCAAAUGUGGGGGCUAUAAAUGGAUGUACUUAAAUUAAAAGGAACCAGCUCCAUGGUGACUUUAGCCCUCGGCCCCUUAAAAUUACAUGAAUGUUUAGGUCCAUGUGACUAUGGAGAUAGUCUCCUUUGAUUUAAAUACGUUCAAGUAAUGCUGACAGAGUAUUGUGAGAAAAUAAGAAAAUAUGAAAGCUGAAUGUCGUCAAAUUAGAAUUCUUCUUCCAUUUUUCAAUUUCUGACUGCUAAUCCAUGCAGGAUGUCUACAGAUUCGGGAGGGGGGGGGGAUUCUGUGGAUUGUUCAAUUCUUCCCCCACUAAAAUGUUCAAAAUUUUCAGCCUUUUUACAUAGAAGAUUUGUAAGCAUAGAACUGAAAAUGAAAAAUUUUUGGCAUUUAUUUCACCGCAAAUGACAGGAAGAUGUGAACCUUUCUUUCAGUAAUUAGUGAUUCGUUAAACAAAGAUUGCAACUCCUUAUUGAAACUUAUGCUUGUGCUCACUAUUCUGAGUGUAAUUCAGAUCACUGAGGCUCAGUUCGAUAGUUUCGGCAGUGCUGAUGAUCACACACAAAAAACUGUGUGUUAUAGUUAGGUAGCUUACAACUGAACUUCAAGUGCUCCGCCAACCAAUUAGAGGCAUGUUUACACAUCUUCAAGUCGAACUUGACCCAAGUAUACUUAAAGCGUUUUCUUUGAGUUGUAACAUUUUAAUUAGAGCUUAGAGAAUAAGGAGUAAAUCAAUAAAAACCAAGUUCAAUUUUUGCCUAAAAUAAAAAGAAAAACAGGAGCAAAUGUAAAAGGUUAUAAAAUUUCUUAAUAAAAUAAACUUUAACCAUGUGAAGAAAAAAUUUCCAGUACUUCACAUGAAAUUCCCCGAAAAUGCCCGGUUUUUCAUGCUUUUUUAGAACUGUAGACACCCUGCCCCAUUGCUUACUUCAUCUUGACUCAUCACCAGAAAAUCAGCAUUCAGGAGCACUUAACCACCAAUUCCGUCCAUCUGACAUUUUAACAAGACUACUUUGACUUCAAAGGAAAAAUUUGAACUUUCCUUUUGUAUCACACAAAGCAGAAAUUAGUUAGGGGAUAGAGCAACGUAGAUCAACAAGAUUGCAGAGACAUUGACUUCUUAAACUUGGUCUCAUCGAAAUCGAACUAAUGUAAAAAAGACAAAACAUUGUCAUUGAAAUGGAAGCUGUGUGAGCUACAUCACCGGGUUGUCAGGUUCAGGCCAGUAAAAUUGGCCUCAAGGUGAGAAAAGUACUUAGAUAAGCUGCUACUUAAUCCUUUAAGAACUACCUCAGUCUCCACCAGGGAUCUCUAAAUAGGAUGUUUCCCCAAGUUUCUGAAAACCUGCUAAGUUAGAUGCCCGGCCAGUAUAAUGGUAAAGAGGGAAGUGACGGCACAACGGCCGACGUAUUUCUGUACCACAGCAAUUAACCAUGUUCUCAAUGGAAGACCAUUUCAAAGUCGGUCAUGCUUAACGACUAAUUUUGUUGGUGUAUGUGUCAUGUUGCUAUUUUUCCACCAGAGAUUCGAAUAUUUAUACAAGCAGAUGUAAUUGUAAAAGGAGCAUUUGUGUCCAAGAGCUUGGGGUAGAAGUGAAGCCAUCUUGGUGCUUUACACUUUUUUGAGAGUAUUGAAGAACGGAAUUCAUGUGCUGCAAAAGUAACUUUUCUUGGGAGUGGUCCUCUUGAUUACAGCCUCAUAUGUGUUCUGAGCUCUACCUGCUGAGCUGAAAUACCUGAAAGAAUAGUAUAAAUCUCAUUCAUAAGUCCAUUUCAUCUGAACGUGGAUACACCUAACUUCUAAUCCCUUUGUUUUCCACUUUACCUGCCCUCUGUGACUGUUCGUCAAAUCUUACACCCAUAGUAUUGAGCCUUCUGUAAUAUUUUUUCAUUUAUUUCGUCCUUUACCAUGGGAGCAGUUGAAGGGUUAUAAUGGUUUUUGUUUUAAUUAGUAAUGUGAACCAAGUUAUAAGUGAGCAGUAUUAGGAAUUUCACACCAUCAGGCAAGGGACCAAAUCUUCUACCUACCCCAGAUGCCAGAAAUUCGGGGCUUUCGCUCUGUGAUUGACAUGAGUGUUUAGGUGUAAAGGACACUUGAUAAAUGGUACCCAAGCUAAGGUUAAGAAAAUUUACUAACUCCCUGUUGUGCUGGGAAGGUUCUGUAAUUUGAGACCAAAUACAUUUGCCGGAUGUUUUACAUUUCCUCGUCAGAUAUUAAUGUUUCAAUCAUUGCUUUAUUUUUCUUUUUAGAUUCCAUUGUAAGUUUUUUUUUUACAUUUUUCAAUCCUACAAUUUAUACAAAUGCGAGUAAACUUGGAAUUUUUGUAAGUAAUUCAUCAAAUCAUUGUAUCCAGCAUGAAACGGAGUAUUAUUUUACGAUGAUUUGUCAUAAAUGUAUGGUUGCUAGAAAUGUUAGGAAGAAUAUUUCAUGUUAUAAGUAUUUAGUUCAAGUAAAAAUCUACAGUCCAACAUUGUAUGGAUCAUUCAGAUCUUUGCAGAAUGCUUGAUUAUUAGAGUCAGAUUCUACACUACGGCUGUUCAGUCCAUUGAUUUGCUCACUUCAUCGCUAGGAUACCUGCAUUUAAUUGGUGUCUGCUGCAUAAUUUAAGCUUAUUUAGUUAUUUCACUUCCAGUCUCUUGUAUGUCAUGUAUAGCAGUAGUGACAUGGUCCAUGGAACCCAUUUUGUAAAUAUAUGUAGAUUAUUUCAGUGACAAA